AGUCAUUAGUAGUAAAAGAGGUUAUCAUCAGACAUAAUAAUUACUGAUAAACAAAUUGGAGUAUUAAUUUAAAGUGCAGUAGUCAACCAUUUUGUACAAAUGGGUAAGAGUAAACUGUUGUGAACAUGUCUGAUAGUAUAGGAAGUGAAUAUCUAGGUAGAAAUAUGGUUGCUGGAGCUGUAGCUGGGGUUAUGGAGUUGGCUGUGAUGUACCCAAUAGACACUGUAAAGACGAGGAUGCAAAGCCUGUCAGGUACCACUUCGUACCGGAGUAUCGGAGAGGUGCUGCAACGGAUGGUCUCGCAGGAAGGGAUCCUCAGGCCAGUCCGAGGCAUGGGCGCUGUCGUCAUGGGGGCAGGACCGGCACAUGCACUCUACUUCUCAUGCUACGAGUACCUCAAGGAGAAUAUGACUCACCGUGGACUCAACAACCAUCUCGCAUAUGGUAAGUGGUAGGGGAGAGAUUGCUCAGUGAUGGCAAUUUUAGCAAAAUUUAAGUACUUUUUCAAAAUUUCAUAAACAAAAUUUUGGGUAACAGGGUUAUUUAUAGUCACAUG